AUGCAACAAGACAAAGAUAACAAGAAAGAUAAUCAACAACCAAUUGAUUUUCAAAAAAUUAGAGAAAAAAUUGAUGAAAUUCCGCAAGAUGUUUUCUAUCAAGUGAAUGAUGAUAUUGAUGAAGAUUUAAUUAGGAAAAAAAUUGAAAAGGACGCUGAACAAAUUGCUAAUCAGAAAAUUAAAUUAAUGUUAAAGAAAUUGGAGGAAAUUCAAUUUGAUUCAAUUAAAAAGUAUUAUAAGGAAAAACCAAUUUUAGAAGAGGAAAGAAGAAGAGCAGAGUUGGAAAAACAACAAGAAUUAUUUUACAAACAAGAGAGAGAAAGGUUACUAAAACAACAAGAGGAAGAGGAAAAGAAAAAAAAUGAAGAGUUGAAGAUAAAAAAGGAGAAGGAUUUUAUGCAUUACAAGAAUUAUAUUGAUAAUCUUCAUGAUGAAAUUGGCAGGUUAACAAGUAAUAUUAUUGAAAAUCCAACAGCUCCUUCGCUGAUUGACCUGUAUGAUAAAAAGAAUGAUCACCCCUUUACUGCCCAAAUACUGCAUCAAUUUGAAAUGGAAGGAAUUAUUGAAAAUCCUACACUCAAACAAGAGCAGGAUGAUGAUAGUAUAAUCAACUCUAGAUUUGCUGAACAAAAAAGAAGAGAGGCAAUGUUAUUGAACCAUUCUGAAGAAACUGCCCAAAAGAAGGAAGAAAGAGAAAUUGAUCUUAAUCCUCUCAAGCAGACUUUAAGCAAGUAUGGCAUUAAGGGUUUGAACGAAUAUUUAGAUAAGACAAUUGAAGAGAAAACCAGAGCGUUCAAAUUAGCAGAAGAAGAAAUGCGAAUGAAUGAACUUCUUUUCAUAUUGAACAUGUUGAAGGGUGGAAAAAAAUUGAAUAAGAAUUGGAUUUCACAAGUUUCUUCAAAUAGUGAAACAUGGAUAGAAUUCUUUUCUAAAAAUUAUCAAUCCAAAGAGGAGAAAUUAAUUUCUACAAAUCUAGUGCCAGAACAAGAUCAAACGAUAUUGAGUCAGGAGCAACUAGCGUCCCAAAAAGAAAAAAGAAUGUACCAAUUCAAUAACCCCCUAUUCACAGAGGAGAGCGUGACUAAUUUUGUUAGGGCUUCAAAAUUAUAA